CACACCUCGUCAUUGAGCAAACGUUUUACUGCAGAAUGAGGUGUUGGACUUUCUGUUGGCUGAUCUUUUCUCUCACGUUUCAUCACAUUGUGGAAAAAAAUGGCAUUGCGGCCAAAAGUCCAUCCGCUUCUCCUGGUUGUUGUAAAACACUGGAGCAUUUAAAUUGCAAAAAUUCUCCUGAACCAGAACAGAAUGACGCUGAUCAUGCAAGCUGCUGCAUGAAAACCCUCAUGUUACUACUGCAUAACGUUCCCCGUGACGACACUGUCAAAGCCCUCGAAGUCCUGAAGAAAAUUCUGGAGGAAACCAAGUUGACUAAUUCAACUGCCAUAUACCAGGACAACAUGGUGGCUUUACUGCACAGACCCACUGGUGACUUUAAAGGUCUUCGCAUUUCAGCCAGUGACAAACAGGUAACUAGUGAUUCAGAUGUACCAAACAGCAAAGUGAAUGUUCACCUUCCAUGUGAGCUCAAUCCUGGACAGAACAGUACCAUCGUGUUCUGCAUGAUCCAGUUACCUAAUGAGACGGCUCUGGAGCGCUCAGGUGAACUGUACGACGGUCGGCUUGUUGGCCUGAGUGUCAGUGGCAGGAACGUUUCAGGACUUCAGGACCGAGUCAGCAUCACCAUAAACACAAAAACAAGAAUAAAUAAAACCCAGAAGCCCCAGUGUGUGUUCCUGAACACCACAGAGAAAAACUUCAGUCCUUCAGGCUGUGAGACAAAGUGGGAUCAGAAUCAAAUCAACUGUUCCUGUGAUCAUCUCACAUACUUUGGUGUGCUGAUGGUGUCUGCAGAAGUCUCCCCUGAAAACGAGGCGAUCCUGUCCUACAUUUCCUACAUCGGCAGUGCCAUCUCUCUCACCGCUCUGGUCAUCACCGUUCUGCUCUUCGUCACAGACAGAAAACUCAGAGCAGAUGAUUCCAAGAAGAUCCACAUCAGCCUGGCAGUGGCUCUGAUCCUCCUCAACGUUCACUUCUUGUCCAGCCAGGCGGCGGCAGCGUCGUCCUCCGCCACGCUUUGCCGUUAUGUGGCUCUUCUUCUUCACUAUUCCUUGCUGGCCUCUUUAACCUGGAUGGCCUUGGAGGGCUUCCACCUCUACCUUCUCCUGGUCAAAGUCUUCAAUGUCUACAUCAGGAGAUACCUGCUGAAGCUCAGCGUGGUGGGAUGGGGUCUGCCAGCGGUCAUUGUGACAGUGGUGGUGAUCAUUGACCACAACAUGUACGGCCGUGCCUUACUGGACCAGUCGAGGCCUAAUGAGACUGCAGUAUGCUACAUCACCAAUGACAACGUGAAGAUGGGAACUACACUGGGACUGUUCGGCGUGGUGUUCAUCUUUAAUGGCACCAUGUUUACAGGGAUCGCAAAAUGGCUAAUGUGUGACAAACUUAAACAGACUCCGCCAAAUAAGAAACGCAAAGCUCAGCGAGAACUUUUCACCCUGUUGGUUCUGAUGGUGCUGCUGGGACUCACCUGGGGCCUGAUCUUCUUCUCAUUCGGCCAGCUGACCACGCCUGGCCUCUACGUAUUCUGCAUUAUCAACUCCCUGCAAGGUUUCUUCAUCCUCAUUUAUUUUGUCUUGUCGAUGAAGAAGAUCAAAGCGUCAGCCUUCAAACAGACCUCUGAAACGAUCAACACUAAAUCCUGAAGUCGCCCAGGAAAUGUUUGCAUCAUUUGUAUGAUAGUAAUAUCUUAGAUUGUGUUUUUAAAGAAAAUAAUGUACCACUGAAACAAGCUCUGCAGAUAUUUUCAAAAAGAUUUUUUAAAAAUCCUCAAAACCUUCUUUUAAUAAUACAUCACAGUGUUUUGCA